AUGAGCGAUGGCCAGCUCUCCUCUCGUCUGUCUUUGGAGCGUAAACGUGGCCUGUCUCAUGCUAACGCUGCUGCUGGGACGGGGGACAGAGGAGGAAGUGGACUCAGGACUGGUGUAUUGUGUGUUCUGACGGAUCACUGCCCCUCUGAGACCUGCUGGGGAUCUGCUCACAAGACGGAGAGCCCUCUGAUCCGUUUCCGAGACAGUAGAUCACAAGCCCCGCCCCCUGGCUCCUGCAGAUGUGGUAAAAAGAUGGAGACAAGAUGGUUUGGAACUCGGCUCUCCGCCUCUUUGUAUCAAAGACUGAGUGUGACGCGUUCCUGCAAAGCUGUUCAGAGAUGUAAUGGGAUUGUGAGGAGUUGA